CUGGGAGGAAGCCUGCAUGUACAGCACAUCACCACAAUCAAGUACAGACACGGACGCAGCAGCAACAAGUCUCCUGUUCAUUGUUAUUAUUCAUAAAGUAAAAACCUAAUUUCAAUUUCAGCUUCUGAACAAAGUGCUGAAUACGAGGUUUAAAAGUAAGACCAUCAUCUAAUAAGAUGCCAGGAUAUUUAAAGCAGAAACAAUCUCAUGACUUCUCCCUGUUUACACAAAAUAUUAGUGUUGCAAUCACAAACACGCAUAGAUCCUCUGGCUGCAGAACAGGGUAUGGCGAGAAACACAAAUGAACCUUAGUUACAGAGACAUAGAUUAUGAUCCAGGCUGAUGGGAACGAAGCUGGUUACCGGAGACGUGCACCGUCCUGAUCCUAGAAACCUGACUCGACUACACGUCUGCAGGUUUGUCAUGUAUCAGAGUGAGGACAGAGAGGAGGGACUCUCUGCCUCUAAACCAGAUCCAUGUGAGGAAUAUGACGACCAAACGAGAUCUCACAGGCCGGAGAAGAGAGAAGGAGAGGACAGAAACUCAUCCACCCAGUGGUAUGUCCGUGAGGAGUGGCAGGUCCAUGUCUGACCCUGUUAAUUUUAAAGGACGACAUGCUAAGAUGCUAGCUCACAGACUGUUCAGAAGUAAACAACCAUGGUGACGCUCAAACCUCUGGAUUAAACCUGAAGUGAUUUCUGCCUAAACUCUAAAUCCACCUUCCAGUGCAGGUUUGUUAUGGAUCAGAGUGAGGACAGAGAGGAGGGACUCUCUGCCUCUAAACCAGAUCCAUGUGAGGAAUAUGACGACCAAACCAGAGCUCACAGGGGAGAGAAACAGGAGAGGAUGGAUUCUCCUACAUCCAGCUGUGCGUCCAUGAAGAGUGAUGCAUCCAUGCGUGACCCUAUUGAAUUUAAAGAGCAACGUUCUUCUGAAACCAAGCCGGAAAAGAAGGAGAGGACAGAAACUCAUCCGCCCAGUGGUAUGUCCGUGAGGAGUGGCAAGUCCAUGUCUGACCCUCUUAAUUUUAAAGGACGACAUUCUUCUGAUGCUAAGCCAGAGAAAGAGGAGAGGAUGGACUCUCCACCCAGCUGUGAGUCAUUGGGUGAUGCGUCCAUGCAUCAACAGAUUGAUUUUCAAGGUCAAAAUACUUCAGAAACUAAAGUUCAGGAGUUUUCAGAGGAUCCCAAACUGGAGCAACCAACAAACCUGGACUCUAUAUUUACGAUUCUUAAAGAGAACAUUGUCAGCUUUGUGACGGAGGAGUUGAAGAAUUUCCAGCAUCUUCUGAGUGCAGAUCCAGAAACAUUAAAGAGCCAGAAGAAAACUGAGGAGGUGGAUGGUGAAGAGAAAGUGCAGAAGAGCAAAUUCACAGAGGCUUUGCUGAACAUCACUCUGCACUACAUGAGGAAAAUAAAGCAAGAGGAACUGGCUGAUUCUCUGCAAAGUAGAACUUCUUCUGGACUGUGCCAGCGUAAACUCAAGUCAAAUCUAAAGAAGAAGUUCCAGUGUGUGUUUGAGGGGAUUGCUAAAGCAGGAAACCCAUCUGUUCUGAAUCAGAUCUACACAGAACUUUACAUCACAGAGGGAGAAUCCUCAGAGGUCAAUGAUGAACAUGAGGUCAGACAGAUUGAAGCAGCUUCCAGGAAAACAGAUGAACUGGAAAAUAAAAUCAAAUGUGAAAACAUCUUUAAACCAUCAGCUCACAGUAAUGAACCAAUCAGAACAGUGAUGACAAAGGGAGUGGCUGGCAUUGGAAAAACAGUCCUAACACAAAAGUUCACUCUGGACUGGGCUGAAGACAAAGCCAACCAGGACAUCCUCUUCAUAUUUCCAUUCACUUUCAGAGAGCUGAAUGUGGUGAAAAAGAGAAAGUUCAGCUUGGUGGAACUUGUUCAUCACUUCUUCACUGAAACUAAAGAAGCAGGAAUCUGCAGCUUUGAAGAGUUCCAGGUUGUGUUCAUCUUUGACGGUCUGGAUGAGUGUCGACUUCCUCUGGACUUCCACAACACUGAGAUCCUGACUGAUGUUACAGAGUCCACCUCAGUGAAUGUGCUGCUGACCAACCUCAUCAGGGGGAAACUGCUUCCCUCUGCUCGCCUCUGGAUAACCACACGACCUGCAGCAGCCAAUCAGAUCCCUCCUGAGUGUGUUGACAUGGUGACAGAGGUCAGAGGGUUCACUGACCCCCAGAAGGAGGAGUACUUCAGGAGGAGAUUCAAAGAUGAGGAGCAGGCCAGCAGCAUCAUUCCCCACAUCAAGUCAUCACGGAGCCUCCACAUCAUGUGUCACAUCCCAGUCUUCUGCUGGAUCACUGCUACAGUUCUGGAGGAUGUGUUGGAAACCAGAGAGGGAGGAGAGCUGCCCAAGACCCUGACUGAGAUGUACAUCCACUUCCUGGUGGUUCAGGCCAAAGUGAAUAAGGUCAAGUAUGAUGGAGGAACUGGGACAGAUCCACUCUGGACUAAAAAGAGCAGAAAGAUGAUUGAGUCUCUGGGAAAACUGGCUUUUGAUCAGCUGCAGAAAGGAAACCUGAUCUUCUAUGAAUCAGACCUGACAGAGUGUGGCAUUGAUACCAGAGCAGCCUCAGUGUACUCAGGAGUGUUCACACAGAUCUUUAAAGAGGAGAGAGGCCUGUACCAGGACAAGGUGUUCUGCUUCAUCCAUCUGAGUGUUCAGGAGUUUCUGGCUGCUCUCUAUGUUCAUUUGACAUUCAUUAAUCAUGGUGUCCCUCUGAUGGAAGAAUCACAAAAAUCGUCCCUCUGGAACCGAUUGUUUGACAAACCCGACCUAGAUCUUCUCCACCGACGUGCUGUGGACGAGGCCUUGCAGAGUCCAAAUGGACACCUGGAUCUGUUCCUGCGCUUCCUCCUGGGUCUUUCAGUCCAAACCACUCAGAGUCUUCUACAUGGCCUGGUGAAAGAGAGAGGAAACAGACAAAACACCACCAUAAAAACAGUGAUGUACAUCAGGAACAAGAUCAGUGAGGAUCUCCCUCCAGAGAGAAGCCUUAAUUUGUUCCACUGUCUGAAUGAACUGAAGGAUGAAUCACUAACAGAGGAGAUCCAACAGUUCUUGAGUUCAGGAAGACUCACCAGAAAGAAUCUCUCUCCUGCUCAAUGGUCAGCUCUGGUCUUUACGCUACUGUCAUCAGAAGAAGAUCUGGACGAGUUCAACCUGAAGAAAUUUUCUGCUUCAGACGAUGCUUUGGUCAGGAUGCUUCCAGUCAUCAAAGCCUCCAAAAGAGCUAUGUUGAGUGAUUGUAACCUGUCAGAGAGAAGCUGUGAAGCUCUAGCCUCGGUUCUCAGCUCCCAAUCCUCUUGUCUGAGAGAGUUGGACCUGAGCGAUAACGACCUGAAGGAUUCAGGAGUGAAGAUUCUUUCUGAUGGACUUAGGAGUCCACACUGUCUACUGGAAACUCUCAGUUUGUCAGGUUGUCAGAUCACUAAGGAGGGCUGUUCUUUUCUGGCCUCGGCUCUGAACUCUAACCCCUCCCAUCUGAGAGAACUGGACUUGAGCUACAAUCAUCUAGGAGACUCAGGAGUGAAGCUGCUGUCUGAUAUAAAAGAGAAUCCACACUGGAGACUGGACACACUCAAGGUGGACCAUGGUGGAGAGCAGAGGAUGAACCCUGGUCCAAGAAAGUAUAUCCGUAAAUUCACACUGGGCACAAGCAGAGAACACCAGCAGGUAUCUGGCUCAUUUCACACCCUUCCAGAGACCUUGUACCACUCUCACAUUCUGUGUAGAGAUGCAGUGUCUGAUCGCUGUUACUGGGAGGUUGUGUGGAAUGGAGAGGUCCUGAUAGCAGUGACUUCAGAGGGAGAAACAAUCAAAGGCAGCGAAAAUGAUGAAGAUUCUUGGUUUGGGAGGAACAGUCAGUCCUGGAGUCUGCAGUGCUCUCACAGUGGUUACUCUGUCUGGCACAACAAGGAAAUGACAGAGCUUCCAUUCUAUUCUACCUCUGCAUCUAGCAGAGUAGCAGUAGAUGUGAACUACUCUGCUGGAACCAUCUCCUUCUACGAAGUUUUCAAUGACAAACUGUUUCCUCUUCACACCUUCCACUCCACCUUCACUGAACCUCUCUACCCUGGAUUUGCAUUUGGACACAACUCCUAUAUGUCUUUUUGUGAGCUUGCAGGUGUCGGCUCUGUUAUGGAUCAGAGUGAGGACAGAGAGGAGGGACUCUCUGCCUCUAAAUCAGAUCCAUGUGAGGAAUAUGACGACCAAACCAGAGCUCACAGGCCAGAGAAACAGGAAAGGAUGGACUCUCCUACACCCAGCUGUGCGUCCAUGAAGAGUGAGACGUCCAUGCGUGUCCCUAUUGAAUUUAAAGGACAAUAUUCUUUUGAAACCAAGCCAGAGAAGAAGAAGAAGACGGAUUCUCCUACACCCAGCUAUCUGUCCAUGAAGAGUGAUACAUCCAUGCGUGACCCUAUUGAAUUUAGAGAACGAUGUUCUUCUGAAACCAAAGUUCAGGAGUUUUCAGAGAAUUCCAAACUAGAGCAGCCAACAAACCUGGACUCUAUAUUUACGAUUCUUAAAGAGAACAUUGUCAGUUUUGUGACGGAGGAGUUGAAGAAUUUCCAGCAUCUUCUGAGUCUAGAUCUGGAAACAUUAAAGAGCCAGAAAAAAACUGAUGAGAUGAAUGGUGAAGAGAAAGUGCAGAAGAGCAAAAUCAGAGAGGCUUUGUUGAACAUCACUCUGCACUACAUGAGGAAAAUAAAGCAAGAGGAACUGGCUGAUUCUCUGCAAAGCAGAACUUCUUCUGGACUGUGCCAGUGUAAACUCAAAUCAAAUCUAAAGAAAAGGUUCCAGUGUGUGUUUGAGGGGAUUGCUAAAGCAGGAAACUCAUCCUUUCUGAAUGAGAUCUACACAGAACUCUACAUCACAGAGGGAGAAUCAUCAGAGGUCAAUGAUGAACAUGAGGUCAUACAGAUUGAAGCAGCUUCCAGGAAGAAAGAUGAACUGGAAAAGAGAAUCAAAUGUGAAAACAUCUUUAAACCAUCAGCUCACAGAGAUGAACCAAUCAGAACAGUGAUGACAAAGGGAGUGGCUGGCAUUGGGAAAACAGUCUUAACACAGAAGUUCACUCUGGACUGGGCUGAAGACAAAGCCAACCAGGACAUCCUCUUCACUUUUCCAUUCACUUUCAGAGAGUUGAAUGUGGUGAAAAAGAAAAAGUUCAGCUUGGUGGAACUUGUUCAUCACUUCUUCACUGAAACCAAAGAAGCAGGAAUCUGCAGCUUUGAAGAGUUCCAGGUUGUGUUCAUCUUUGACGGUUUGGAUGAGUGUCGACUUCCUCUGGACUUCCACAAGACUGAGAUCCUGACUGAUGUCACAGAAUCCACCUCAGUGGAUGUGCUGCUGAUAAACCUCAUCAGGGGGAAACUGCUUCCAUCUGCUCGCCUCUGGAUAACCACACGACCUGCAGCAGCCAAUCAGAUCCCUCCUGAGUGUGUUGACAUGGUGACAGAGGUCAGAGGGUUCACUGACCCCCAGAAGGAGGAGUACUUCAGGAAGAGGUUCAGAGGUGAGGAGCAGGCCAGCAGGAUCAUCUCCCACAUCAAGUCAUCACGAAGCCUCCACAUCAUGUGUCACAUCCCAGUCUUCUGCUGGAUCACUGCUACAGUUCUGGAGGAUGUGUUGGAAACCAGAGAGGGAGGAGAGCUGCCCAAGACCCUGACUGAGAUGUACAUCCACUUCCUGGUGGUUCAGACCAAAGUGAAGAAGGUCAAGUAUGAAGGAGAAUCUGAAACAGAUCCACACUGGAGUCCAGAGAGCAGGAAGAUGAUUGAGUCUCUGGGAAAACUGGCUUUUGAUCAGCUGCAGAAAGGAAACCUGAUCUUCUAUGAAUCAGACCUGACAGAGUAUAGCAUCGAUACCACAGCGGCCUCAGUAUACUCAGGAGUGUUCACACAGAUCUUUAAAGAGGAGAGAGGACUGUACCAGGACAAUUUCUGCUUCGUCCAUCUGAGUGUUCAAGAGUUUCUGGCUGCUCUCUAUGUUCAUUUGACAUUCAUUCAUCACGGUGUCCCUCUGAUUGAAGAAUCACAAAAAUCGUCCCUCUGGAAUCGAUUGUUUGACAAACCCAGUUUAGAUCUUCUGCACCAACGUGCUGUGGACGAGGCCUUACAGAGUCCAAAUGGACACCUGGAUCUGUUCCUGCGCUUCCUCCUGGGUCUUUCAGUCCGAACCAGUCAGAGUCUUCUACGUGGCCUGGUGAAAGAGAGGGGAAACAGACGGAAUACCAACAGAAAAACAGUGAAUUACAUCAAGAAGAAGAUCAGUGAGGAUCUCUCUCCAGAGAGACGCCUUAAUCUUUUCUAUUGUCUGAAUGAACUGAAGGACGAAUCACUAACAGAGGAGAUCCAACAGUACCUGAGUUCAAGAAGACUCUCAGAAAAGAAGCUCUCUCCUGCUCAGUGGUCAGCUCUGAUCUUUACGUUACUGUCAUCAGAGGAAGAUCUGGAUGUGUUCAACUUGAAGAAAUUUUCUGCUUCACACAAUGCUCUGCUCAGGAUGCUGCCAGUCAUUAAAGCUUCCAGAAGAGCUCUGUUGAGUGAUUGUAACCUGUCAAUGAAAAGCUGUGAAGCUCUGGCCUCAGUUCUCAGCUGCCAGUCCUCUUGUCUGAGAGAGUUGGACCUGAGUGGUAACGACCUGAAGGAUUCAGGAGUGAAGCUUCUUUCUGAUGGACUGAAGAGUCCACACUGUCUACUGGAAACUCUCAGUUUGUCAGGUUGUCAGGUCACAAAUGAGGGCUGUUCUUUUCUGGCCUUGGCUCUGACCUCUAACCCCUCCCAUCUGAGAGAACUGGACCUGAGCUGCAAUCAUCUAGGAGACUCAGGAGUGAAGCUGCUGUCUGAUAUAAAAGAGAAUCCAGACUGGAGACUGGACAAACUCAAGGUGGACCAUGGUGGAGAGCGGAGAAUGAACCCUGGUCCGAGAAAGUAUGCCUGUAAACUCACACUGGGCUCAAACACAGAACACCGGCAGGUAUCUGACCCAUUUUACAUCCUUCCAGAGACCUUGUACCACUCUCACAUUCUGUGUAGAGAUGCAGUGACCGAUCGCUGUUACUGGGAGGUUGUGUGUAAUGGAGAGGUCCUCGUAGCAGUGACUUCAGAGGGAGAAACAAUGAAAGGCAGCGGAAAUGAUGAAGACUCUUGGUUUGGGAGGAACAGUCAGUCCUGGAGUCUGCAGUGCUCUGGGAGUGGUUACUCUGUCUGGCACAACAAGGAAAUGAUAGAGCUUCCAUUCUAUUCUUCCUCUGUAUCUAGCAGAGUAGGAGUGUAUGUGAACUACUCUGGUGGAACCAUCUCCUUCUACGAAGUUUUCAAUGACAAACUGUUUCCGCUUCACACCUUCUACUCCACCUUCACUGAACCUCUCUACCCUGGAUUUGCAUUUGGACACAACUCCUAUAUGUCUUUUUGUGAUUUGUAGACAAAUAUUCACGAUGCUCACUGCAUUCAAUCUCCUUUUGAACCUGCAGUCUUAUAUUGUAUAACCUUAUUAGAGAAAAUGCCCUUGUAAAAAUUGGUUUGCGGGGCCUAUCCCAGCUGUCAUCAGGCAAGAGGCAGGGUACACUCUGAACAGGUCUCCAGUCUAUCGCAGGGCUAACACAGAGACAAACAACCAUUCACACUCAUACCUAGGGUCAAUUUAGAGUCACCAAUCAGCCUAAUGAGCAUGUCUUUGGAGGAGGGAGGAAACUGGAGUACCCAGAGUAAACCCAUGCAGACACAUGGACACCAUGCAAACUUCACCCAAGCUGGCCUUGAAUCCAGACCUUCUCGCCUUUCUCUGGCCUUCAGCACAACACAUACAGAUGUCAUCUGUGAACUUGGAUACAUUUCAUAAUAUUAUCCUAUUUGUUUUUUUUUUUUUUUUGUUUUGUUUUUUUUGUGUAAAUCCAGUCGACUUAUGGCCAACCAUGUGUUACUGAGGUCACAGUGACCUUUACCCAUCAAAUUCUAGCCAGAACGGCCCGAGCUGGAGUCAAACACACCACUGUGCUGCCCCCUAAAAAUCAACAAUAACAUAAAAAAUGUCAUCGCAACUUCAAAUGUAGAAUGGGAGGUCAAGGCUUCAGCUAUCAGUUGGGGUUCAGGAACCAUUGAUUAGUUAUCCAAAAGGAAUUUAAAUCUGUGCUCAUCUGAGUAGUUUCUUCAGUUCUAAGGGACUAAAAGUUCAGGUUUCAAUAGGAGACUGUGGGUAAAACCAUCAGAAACUUGCUUGUCAUCUUGACGGUUGGAUAUGGUUGGAUUGUUAAGGUUUCCUGGCAGAACCAACCUCAAGUCUGCGUGUUACUCGACCUGUGUCUGACCACCAUCUUUUUCCAGUUUAAUGGAGGAUUCUAGAGGCAAGAACACUGCUGUGCAAUGGGGUCAAAGAUCAUGGCUAAUCUACAUGGAGCAGGUAGAGACAAGAGCCCUGAACUAGUUCACAGGAUCCACACCCACCCACUGGUUCAGGUAUGUGGGCGGCACGUUGAUCAAGAUCAAGACAAAGGAGGUGGAAUCUUUCACACAACACAUUAAUGCAGAGAAGAGCAACAUCAAGUUCACCCAGGACAUCAGCGGGGAUAGUUUGACCUUCUUGGACUCUUUGGUGCACCUCAACCCAAGCCUCAACAUUCAAAAGUAUAUAUGAAACCCACUCACACAGACCAGCAUUUAUUAUUUGAUUCCCUCCACCCCGUGGAACACAAGCUAGGAGUCGGACAGACUACAUCUCCCUGUGUCACUGUUGGUGGGAGUUAGUUGCACUACUUUCUGGUUCUGAAACAAGUCAAGCAAGAUUCUGAUGGUUUUACCCACAGAGUUUUCUAUUUAAACCUCAACUUCCCACCAGUCUCUUAGAACUGAAAAAGCUACUUGGAUGAAACAUGUUCUCUAAUCUCUACAAGUCCAGUUACCUCUUGGAUAUAAAUCAUGACCUGGACAACUGAGAACCUUCACACACAUCCCUUAGUUAUGCUGCUUUAGGCCUAGACUUCCCGUGAUGCAAUAAAAAAGCUGAACACACGCAUGUGUGUUCUACUACUGUAUAGAUGUUAUUAACUGCAUGUUCCUCUCUUCUCUCUUUUCCUCUUUCCCUACUUGGCCGGCCUCCAGCAGAUGGUUUCCUCCAUAUUAAUUUAAGAUCUGCUCGAGUUUUUUUUUUUUUUUUUUUUUUUUUUUGUAGUUGUUGUUGUUGUUGUUUUUUUUUUUUUUUUUUAAAUCCCUGGCCACCGUCUCCUUAUCAUUUGCACUGGGAGUUUCAGUCUCUGGGUUCUGUAAAGUGUCUUGAGACAAUGUGAAUAUGAAUUGAUGUUGUAUAAAUAAAAUUGAAAUGAUGAACUGUUGACCCUGAAGAAGGAAUUCAUCACAAUAAAAAUAUCAGUGUAUAUUAACUCAGUAACUGAAAUUAACUUGUAAACACAAAUAUUUAAUAUUCUAUGUAUGUACAGAUAUGUAAUAUCACUUUCCUGAAUAGAUAAAUUGUGUAAAAAUUU